CUAAAUUUCUAACUUUGGCUGUUCCCAUGUCGGCGCACGGCAAGCGCAGGAAGAAGAAGCCUGCGAACGGCGCUGCCGACGUGGGGGCGAUAGAUUUCAGGGAUAUGGUGGAAGCGAGUUGUGGCAAGGAUGUGUUGGAGAAAAUGGAGCAGCAAAAGAAGCGUAGAUUAGGCGAGCAGGACCUCCUUGAUUUCGUGAAGUACCUUGAGGCUGGAGUACAGAGCAAAUCCGAGGAACGCACCAAGCGGCUCUUUGCAGUUUCCCCCUGUUCGAUCACCGAGAUGGAGUUUAAGUUGAGGUUUGGACUAAUCAGGCAAUUCGCCGGGUCACCACCCUACGACAGUUUCAGGAACAAGAACAUGAACAUGCAGCCUGACGCAAUCAAGCUCGUGGCAGCCUUGCAUCAAAUGGAAGUUUUGAACUCUUUCAAGGCAAAAGGGGAUCCCAGAGCGGACAGGGGCACGGAGGAUCUCGUGCUGUGCCGUUUCCGAUACUUCACGAAGCCAAGGAGUCGCACAGGGACGAGUGAUCUUUUGGUUGUCACCGAUUAUGGCGACCGCGAUAGACCGGCUAGAGAAAGAGGUGAUUUCAAGGUCUACGUUUUUAAGGAUGGGAGUCAAGUGCUCCGCAUGGUGGUCGAUUGCAAGACUUCACCCCAGGCUCGGGAUAUUUUACAAGCUGCCAUGCAUGCUAUAGCUGAGGACAAGUGUGAACUCAAGGAGGAGCGAUGCCCUGUUUACCUCAUGCUGUGGUCGGGUGACGGCUGGUACCAUGGGAUUCUAGAGAUUGACGGAUUUGUGUACGUGAGUAAUGGAGCUCUUGUAGAGCCCUCCCUUAGGCGUUUUCCGGAUGCUAUCCCCGCCGAACAGAUGGAUCCAAAUGGUGAUUUUCUCGCCAACUCCACGCCUAGUGCCACAAAAGCACAGAUUCGAAACCGGUUUGCUACGUGGAAGGUCGAUAUGGACGACCGAAAGCUCAAUAUCCCCGAUGGCUAUCAUCCGGUGGGAAAGCUCUUCAGGAUCUGGGAGGCCCAUGAUUUCCCCAUGUUUGUAGAUGAUGCAAGCCUGACCGAAGGGAGUCGUCUCUUUUACGAAGGCUUCCUCAAGAUCCUCGUCGGCCAAGAGGUCCGGAGCAGAUGGCGCGAGAGGUAUUUGGAGAAGGCAGAGCUCAAAGUUGCACAUAAGCUUUGUGCUCGGGAUGAUUUGGUAACCCUUUGGUCGGAGCUGGCGGAGCAGAUGGCUGCGAGCGAGGAACCACUCAGUGAUGACGGCGCCUUCGAGUAA